CUCUAACCCCCUUGUCAACGUAUCCUUACGGCGCAGACAGCGAGAAAUGGCAUCGGGAAAAGCGCCUCGCCCAAGAGCCUCCCGCAAUUGUGGAAACUGUCGGGCUGUGAAGCGACGCUGCGACCAGCAGAUACCCCACUGUGGACAAUGCAUCCGCAUGCGAGAAAAAUGUCCGGGCUAUCGCGAUGAAUGGGAACUCGUUUUUCGAGACCAGACCGACAAGACCAUCAAGCGAUCUAAAGAGAAACGAGCAAAACGCAAUGGCUCGACAACCUCAAGCCGCACCCCUUCACCACCCACCCCUGGCUUAGGGCCCAGCCUGGAUGAGAUCGGUGUUAACUAUUUCCUUCACAACUUUGUCAUUAACAACCAGACACCCUCGCGUGGUUUUUUCAACUAUAUCCCCGCGGUUUACAAUGCCGAGGCGGAGCAUUACACACUGGUGGCCAGCAUGGCGGCGGUGGGCCUCGUGGCACUGGCCAAUUCCAAUCAACAACCCGAGCUGGCUCGGCACGCACGCAUCAAAUACUCCGAGGCAAUUGCGAAUGUUAACACGGCAUUGGCGUCACCUGUGAAUUCUGUCAAAGACAGCACCCUGAUGUCUGUCAUCUCGCUAGGGGUAUUUGAACACGUCUCCAAUUUCCAGUCGUGGGUGCGACAUGUCCGAGGAGCUGCCGCACUGGUGGUUCUCCGCGGCAAGAGCCAAUUUACUAGUACAGCCGCAACACUCAUGUUCAACCAAGUACGCGCAGACACGGUGAUCACUUGUCUACACGGCAAUCAACCGUUUCCGGAGGACUUGCUGGCGCUGCAGGAAGAGGCGUCCAAGCACGCCGAUGCUUAUAGUCCAUUCUGGCUCCUCGGAGUAUCAGCUACCAAGUGUGUAAACCUUCUCUACAGCGUCACACAAAACAAAUCGAAAGUCUCGUGGUCGGAAAAGCUGGAAGAGGCGAUUAUCCUCCAGGAAGAGUUUCGGCGCCUCUUUGAAAUUUUCAGCCUAGCAGACCCAUACACAACAAUCUAUGAGCCAACAGCAGACCCCGAAGUCUUUCACGAGGGGCGAUUUGACGUCUACCAAUCCACCUGGGCGAUACGAGUCUGGAACAAUGCACGAUGUAUCCGAAUGAUCGUCUCUGAGAUUUUAUAUUCCAUUUUGACGAAGGUUUUAGCCACCGAACUUCCUGCAGCGGUGCGAAUGACCCUGGAUGCGAAGUACCAAGAGACAGUACAAAUCAUGACAAGUCUCGGGGAGGACAUGCUGGCUACCGUUCCACAGAUGCUCGGUUAUGUAUCGCUCGUAUCUGGGCAACAUGUCUCUUAUAAUUUGACGUCAACUGCCAGCGUGCCGGGCGGUUAUUCUUUGAUCUGGACCCUCUAUAUGGUUGGAAAGUCUCCCGUCACCAAACGCAAAUCCAGAAAGUGGGUCAUCCGCCGUCUUCAAGACAUUGGGCGAGGCGCAGGUUUCGCAAUGGCCCUACAACUCCUAGAGGGUGUUGUGAAGAUUGAUCAACUCAGCGAAGCGUCAGUCCAGCGAUCUGGGCCGUAUUUUGAGCCCACUCGCUUAUGAGUGACAGGAUCAAUCAAUCAUCUGUUAUGGAUGCAUGUCAACACCUGAUAUCACUACCCCGGCGUCAGUCUUUACUUCCCUUUGGCUUCGUAAGUUAUGCCUGGCGCAUACUUCACAUGGCCACAAUGCAAG